CGGGCGUCAGUGGCCAUGGCGGAUACAGCGACUACAGCAUCGGUGGCGGCGGCUAGUGCCGCUAACGCCUCGACCGAUGCACCGCCCUUCCAGCUGGGCAAACCCCGCUUCCAGCAGACAUCCUUCUAUGGUCGCUUCAGGCACUUCUUGGAUAUCAUCGACCCCCGCACACUCUUUGUCACUGAGAGACGUCUCAGAGAAGCUGUGCAGCUGUUGGAGGACUACAAGCAUGGGACCCUGCGCCCGGGGGUUACCAAUGAGCAGCUCUGGAGUGCACAGAAAAUCAAGCAGGCUAUUCUACACCCGGACACCAACGAGAAGAUCUUCAUGCCCUUUAGAAUGUCAGGUUACGUUCCUUUUGGGGCGACAAUUGUGGUCGGCCUGCUCUUGCCCCACCAGAAACUGGCGUCCCCUGUCUUCUGGCUGUGGCUGAACCAGAGCCACAACGCUCGUGUCGACUACGCAAACCGCAAUGCUACCAAGCCUUCGCCUAUGUCCAAGUUCAUCCAGGGCUACCUGGGAGCUGUCAUCAGUGCCGUCUCUAUCGGUGUGAGCCUUAAGGUCCUGGUUCAGAAAGCCAACAAAUUCACCCCGACCACCCACCUUCUCGUGCAGAGAUUUACGCUGCUCCCCACCAUAGCCAGUGCCAAUAUCUGCAACUUGGUCCUAUACGGGGAGCUGGAGGAGGGGAUUGAUGUCCUGGACGGUGAUGGCAACUGCGUGGGCUCCUCCAGGAUCGCAGCCAGACAUGCCCUGCUGGAGACGGCGCUGACGCAAGUGGUCCUCCCCAUGCCCGUCCUGGUGGUACCCCCAAUCAUCCUGUCCAUGCUGGAGAAGACGGCUCUCCUGCAGGCGCGCCCCUGGCUGCUCCUCCCCGUGCAAAGCCUCCUGUGCCUGGCAGCCUGCGGCCUGGCCCUGCUGCUGGCCAUCAGCCUCUUCCCACAGAUGUCAGAGAUCGAAACCAGCCAGCUAGAGCCUGAGAUUGCCCGGGCCACGAGCAGCCCGACAGUGGUGUACAACAAAGGGCUGUGAGGGGCCGGCCGGCCGGCCUGGGGACGCGGUGUUGUCCGGGCCGGGAGGUGGGAGCAGCGAAGGAGUCGGAAGGGCUGCCCCUGCAGGGAGGGGCAAGCUGAGCCCCCCAAUCCUGGGCCACCUGGGGGAGCACCCCCCACCCCCACAGGGGCAGGGAGACUAAUCUAUUCACGCGUUAACAUAAGGGAGAGGAAUUCUGACACAUUUACUACAAAAAUAAUCAAGUGCAUUUCUGGGCCUUACGUGGGGUUGUCAAAACUCUACUCAGCACAAUUAUGUGUGAAGCUGAAAAACUGUAGAGUGCCCACAGGGUAGGAUUAGGAUCUUUUUCUACUUUGAUUUCUUUUUUAUUUUUAUUUUUUAUCCGAAUCAAGCCUUGGUCGCAGCUGCCCAGAGGCAGCAGGUGGCCAGCAGUGGGAGUAGGCGUAGGCCUGGGAGCUGGGUGGUUUGGUGGCUGGGCUGGUAGAUUUAAGAUCUACUGGGCUGGGCUGGGCUGGGGAGGGGAGGGGAGGCAGUCUACACCUCACAGGAUGAACCAGCUCUAUCUGAGUUUCUCAGGAGGUGGCCCAGAAAGUCACUGGAGGCCUCUGGAAGAUUCCUUGGGCAGCUGGCUCUGAGGAUGGCCAGCCUUCAUUCAUGCCACACCUGCAUGAAGCCCAGUGACAGACUGGGGCUGGUGUCACCCUUCAUGGAGCCCUGAUCCAUUUCAGGCCCCUGAGAUGACCCCAGCUCCAGACAGAAAGCCCUAAGAAGGACCAAUGUUUGGCAGGAACUGUGGGCCUCCACUCUGGCCCUUGCGGGAAGACCUUUCUUCCAGGCAUAGCCUGGGAGCCAGGUAGUAGGGUCAAGGGUGGGACUGGAGCCAGGGUGACUGCCAUCCUUUCCAGCCACCAGGGCCACCUGCUCCAUCCCAUCAUCUCCUGAGUUGGGGGAUCUCUUGCAAGAGAAUGCAGAGGCCAGAUCUCUAGGCAUCUACCUGAAAGCAUCAAUCUAGGAAUGACAGGCCCUGUCUUGGCUGUGUGAUCUUGAGCAAGUCCACUCCCUUCUCUGAGCCUCCACUCCCUGUCUGGAACCAGAGGAUUGGAUUGAAGGGUUCCUACCUGCUCUUCCAGCGAGACUUCAUCUUUGCCUGUCCUGCUCAGAUGCUGGGCAACCCAGGCAUAUCUCCAACGUGAACAGUGGACUGGGAAUGGGGCAGGAUCCUUUGGGAAUGGCCAGCUGUUGGCCUCAGAACCUGGGCCUUGCCUUUCUGUAUGUGAACACACCUCCUGGGAGCACUUGACCUUUGCCAAACACUUCACAGUUCUGAAGGAGGAGAUAGCGCGCCUGCCCGGGCCUGAGUGUGGGCCCACACAUUUAUGCCGCCGCCUCUGACCCUGCACGGCCACUGAGGCCCCUUGCCACUGGCUCUGUCUCCUUCCCAUUUGAGGGCCAGGAGAGGGGAGGGCUCUGCUGGAGUUUUGCAGGGGAAGGCAGGGCCUGAGGUGGGGGUGAACAGGUAACCCCUUAUCUAAAGGGCCCAAACAAAGAGGAAGCCUGGUCCUCAAACUCCCCUCCCCUGACCCCAACUGGAAUGGAGCCCUCCGUGUGCAGCCAAAGGGCUCUGCUCCCCUGGUGACUCUGCCUGGGGAGAGACCUGGCUGGAGAUGAGACCUGGCUGGAGCAGUUGUGGGAAGGCCUAGUGCAGGGCAGCAAGGUGGUGGCCACGGGGGGUCCUGCCAUCCUUAGGGCAGGGGAGCUGUGGUGAGGUGGGCCUUCCACGGGCACUGACCCCCCAGAAUCCCCCAGCCCGGCCCUGUGCCCCAAGCCAGCUCUGCAGGAUGCUGCCCUGAAAGCUCCCCACUCUCCUGCGGAGCAGCCCACCCAUCAGGAGGGGGAGGAGGCAGAGACAAGCAUGGAGGACAAAACAGUAGAGUGGGUACCACAGUGGGGGGGCACAGGGAGUUUUUAGCUAAUCCCGCCAUAAUGUGAAUGUGCCAUGACUGGGGGCUGGGCAUGUCUGGUCCUCUUUUGAAAAGCUCAUUUCGAGCUCACCUUGCCCCACCUCUCACAGGGUCUUGUUCUUGUGCAUUUCACCUUGGGACCAAUACUGCCCAUCACCUCCAGGGACCUGGCCGGGAUGGGAUCUUUCCAACUCUGCCUCUGUGCUGGCUGCCCUCGCCCAGCCCGACCCCUGCCCCAACCCUGUGAGCCCUGUGGCCUCAGCAUCUCAUAACCUACUUACUUUUUCUCCCGGAUGAUUUCCGGUCAUGCUCCCAGUGCAAUUUCACGUGAGCUAAGGGGGCUUUUCCUGAGGGAGUGGGCAGCAAAGGAUCCUUAUAGCUCAGGGUACUGGUGACAGGGUUUCAGCAGGCCAUGUUGCUAAAUCCUGGUCUGGCUGCAAAAAGUACCAUGAGGGGAAAUUUUUGGCCACCAUCCAUCCUCCACUCUGCUGAGACCAGGGAAAGGGAGGCCUUGUGGGCAGAUUGGUUCCUAACUGAGGGGGAGGCUGAGCUGGGACCCAGAGGCUGGAGCCUGGUCCAGCUGUGCCAGAGUACAAGGCGUCCCUGCAACUGGUUCUCCAGCCCUGGUGUACCUGCCGACCCUCCUCCGUUCACGCCAAACAUCCCUCGGUUGUGGGGACGCCCUUCUCUCAUUUCCAGAGAGCAAUCUGAAAGCACAGGGACUAAAAGCCCAAGAUGUCAAGAUGGCCAGCAGACUCCUUUCCAGUUCCUGACUUCCAGUUCCUGAGCCAGCUGCUUUCCUGUCCUGGGCCUCUAGCCCGGGAGCAAGGAGACAUCCUGAGAGGAGGAGGGCCAGCGGGUGGAGGCAGGGUGGUUUUCCACCUGGAGUGAGGUACCAGCACACACGCCUUGGCCACACCCAGGGGACUUGGCGAUGUCUUUUUAGCCUUCUCAGAAAAUUUCUCAAUCUCUGUGAUUUAUGUAACACUAAUGUGCUGUGGGCAAUAAAUGAUUGAUUUAAAACA